GGCGGCUGGGUCGGGCCCCGACGGGCGGCGGCGGCUGAGGUGGAGGCGGAGGGAGGCGGCGGCGGCGGAGGGGGGAAGAUGGCGGCGCCCGUCCUGCUGAGAGUGUCGGUGCCGCGGUGGGAGCGGGUGGCCCGGUAUGCAGUGUGCGCCGCCGGGAUCCUGCUCUCCAUCUACGCCUACCACGUGGAGCGGGAGAAGGAGCGGGACCCCGAGCACCGGGCCCUCUGCGACUUGGGGCCCUGGGUGAAGUGCUCCGCCGCUCUGGCCUCCAGAUGGGGUCGAGGAUUUGGUCUUUUGGGUUCCAUUUUUGGAAAAGAUGGUGUAUUAAACCAGCCAAACAGUGUCUUUGGACUUAUAUUUUAUAUACUACAGUUAUUACUUGGCAUGACAGCCAGCGCAGUUGCGGCUCUCGUCCUCAUGACCUCCUCCAUCGUGUCUGUGGUGGGGUCUUUGUACCUGGCCUACAUUCUGUACUUUGUGCUGAAGGAGUUUUGCAUCAUCUGUGUAACCACAUACAUGCUGAACUUCAUUCUCCUCAUCGUCAAUUACAAACGACUAGUUUACUUGAAUGAGGCCUGGAAGCGGCAGCUGCAGCCCAAGGAGGACUGACGGACGACAGACUCCCACCCGACAGUCUCAAAACCCUCUACCAUUAAGUUUAUUUUGCAACAGUUUUUUUAAAAAUUCACAACAGACACUUUCCCUAAAAAUCUUAAACUGAUUUUUUUAAGACACUGUAAAUUAGAAGGGGCCCUAGCUAUUUUCUGUGUCAGUCUUCAUUUUAAAUCCGGAUACAAAAAAGGAUACGCCGAGCCAAUCAAAGACAAGCUUUAACUUUACUUUGAAGAUAUUUCUGAGAUAAUAAAAUGUAGCCCUAGCCCCCUAUCCUCAGCCGUAAAGUGAGCAGCCACUGAUAAGUAAUUCUUUAAUGUGUAUAAAUUCAAUUUCAGGUAUAACAAAUGUGAUCAUGACACAAAAAUAUUUUAGAAUAGAUACUGUAUUAAAUAUUGCCAUGUUUACAAUAUGUAAUAUGUUUUUAGCUGAUGGAUUUAAACCUGUAGCUACAACUAGAAUCCAUUCAUGUGAUAUUUGUAAAUAAAGGUAGAAACAUUGGAUCCAGCCCCACAGAACUUUCUGUACAGUUUAGUUGGAGUGUAGCAAUGAAGAAUUGUCAGCUCAUGACUGAGGAAAGAGUGGAAAUAGUAGACAUACAGAGAGCAUCCUGGGAAAAGUGCUGACAGCCAUGGGCGCAGCAUCAACAUCAGAAACAGUAGGGUGGUUGCUUCCCUUUCAUCUCCUGCGCUGAGAGGAAAUUUGAAUGUCCAAGUCAAGCCUGACUAGUAAUAAAACUGGAUCCAUUGUUACUGAAUAGAAUGUCAUGUGACCAGACCUUUAAGCCAAGGCCCUCAGGAAACUAAUGGUGAGAAAUGAAUGUAGUCUUUGGAGAAAAACUGGAAAUACCAAUAUGGCAUUUUGGGGUAAAGCCUCUUAAACAGUAGUAAUUUUCAAUACAGACAUAUUGCCUUGAUAUUGGUGCCAGUCAGCUAAACAGUAUUAGACUCUAAAAUAAGCACGAGUUGAGUACUGUGCAGUCAGUCCACAGUAUCUCCCUUACUGUUUCUUCUUGUACUGAGGAUUGCCAGUAACUGUUUCAGAAUCACAUAUUAAAAUUGUAAACCUUAGGGCUGACACGACGUCCAGUUUGCCGACUUGGAAGAAGCACAACAGGUAGAAAGAUCUGGAGGUGAAAUGUGGUGACCUCAUCCUGCUCUAGUAACUGCACAGAAGCAAUGAGAAGAAACUAAGAGGUGACCUGAACCUGAUGAGAUGGUGACCGUGUGUUUCUCUGGUUAGCAUCUUACAGCAGAACGUUAAAAGUGCCUUCUGUCUUAAAUUUCAAACCAAAUCACUUUGUGUGUUGCACUUGGGCAGAAGUGUUCUUCCUCCCUUCCUUACUAUGAAGUAGAGGACUUGCAUUCUACCAGAAGGUUCUGUACCAUGAUUUUAUUAGAUUAAGAGGCAGGGGCAACGUUUUUGCUUCCAAUUUGAGUAAUCAUUAUGUUAAAUAGACAAUUAGAUGGUGACUUGAGCUUCACUUGCCAUCUUGAAGGGAGGGAACAGGCUUUGCUCUGUAAACUACUGUAUGGUCAGCAGUUGUUGAAUGCUUUACAACUGUCAUAACCAAUGCAACUAGGACUUCUGGUCAAGGUCAAGUAUAAAAAUCAGAAUUAUAAUGCCAUUUUGAUAGGUUUAACCAGCUACUUAAAAGAUAGCUUAAUUCCAGUUUCAUCAAGGGUUGUAUUUUCCCACAAGUGUGAAUAUUUCCAUGCAUGUCUUAUGAUGUGUUAUUGUCUCCUGAAGAAGUUAAAAGAACGCCUAGGAAGCAUCGAAUGGUGUUUGUGGAGUCCAUGUGAGAACUGUACUGUAAGGUCAUCUUGUAGCCGUAUGUCCAGGUCUGCCAAGCAGAAAUGACUAAUGACCAAGACUCUUGCUACAUAUAUAUCAAGGCUAUGCUAAACAAGUCCCUUGGUUCCCAGUUCCAAAUGGUCUUUCAUAUUUGUAUCACCCAUCAGAGUGGAGUUAAAGCUUGUCUUGAUGUUUCGAGUGUCUUCAGCCCUUACCCAAGAAAAUGUAAGAAUGCUCCCAAGUUUCUUCCUUUGCUUCCCAAAGUCUUUGGGGAACCAUUGUUUUUAGCUGUAUAAAAUGUUUGCUACAUUCCUAUGACCCAGUAGAAUAAAUACCCUUUUCUCAGUGAGAGGUGAAUAGAUGCUGCCUGAAAUAACAGCAUUUGCUGAUGGAUGUGGUGGCAUUUGCCCAAGAUCCCAGCACUUGGGAGGUGGAAGCAGGAGGAACAGGAGUUCAGGGUGUCAUUCUCGGCUACAUAGCAAGUUGGAGACUAGCCUGUCUUAAAACAACAGCAUUUGCUAAGAUAUCUGUUCUCAGUAAACAAUCCUGUUGUAUUUUAUUUUGCCCUGAGGGAAUUCAGGCUUCAAUCUAUAUUUUGUAUUAAACCUAGAAGGGUAGAAACCCUAGGGUGAGAAACACUGUCAAAAAACUGUUAUGACUAUUUCAGACUGAAUAUUUAAACACUGCAGCUUGACUAACAACCAUUGUCAGAGGACAAACUGGGGGGAAAUGAUUUCUGCAGUAAUUCUGCGCUUUAUGGUUUUGAAGUGGUUCAUAACAAAUGAAGCCUCUCACUUCAUAGUGAUAAAUAAUAGAAGUUAUGGCUAAAUAAGUUCUGGCGAUGGCAGGUAACCUGGGGGACUUCAGUUGGUCCCUCACUGCAGCUAGUCACUGUCAGGGAGAGUAAACUUCUGGAACAACUCAGGUUUAACUAGCUGCAUGCCAGGAGUUAUUACUACUAUUGUUUUUUGUUUUGUUUUGUUGAGACAUGAUUUCACCCUGUAGCCUAGGCUAGCUUCAAAGUUGAUACAUCCCUCCUGCCUCAGCCUCCCAUGUGCUUGGAUGACUGGGUCUAAUUAUUCUUAAAGAAGGUUAAAAAAAGCAUUGACUUUUUGUCAUAUAAAGAGACAAUUUUAAAAAAUUUAAUACAAGCCGGGCGUGGUGGCGUAUGCCUUUAGUACUAGCACUUGGGAGGCAGAGGCAGGUAGAUCUCUGUGAAUUCAAGGCCAGCCUGGUCUACAUAGUGAGUUCCAGGCCAGCUGUGGCUACAGAGAGACCCUGUCUCAAAAAGACUCCCCCUCCCAAAAAAAUUGAUACAAAGGAUCCUUGUACCUCUAAGGUAAGAUAUAGAACAGUACAAUUAAAACUGUUCAUCUUUUGUUUGCUUAUUUUUCAUUUAUAAUUCUUUUAAGACUAUCUUUUAAAUAAAAAUGCAGCUUAGCAUGGUGGCACCUACCUACAAUCCCAGCACUAAGGAGAGGCAAGAGGACCAAAAAUUCAAAGCUAGCCUGUGUUACAUAGUGAAUUCAAGGCCAACCUGGGCUACAUAAAACCCUGUCUCAAAAAAAAAGCAAAACAAUAAAUAAAAAAUGGGAAAACUACUUAGCAGUUUGUAAGUUAAUGACUGGCACCACCAGUUGAUGCCAGUGACUGUCGGCGUGUGGUCUCGCCUUUAAAAUCAGUGUUAGAGCAAUGCCAGCAGAGCUCCCUACUAUCAUUUGCAGGAAGCUGUUUGGGGACAUGGGCCUCACCCCUCACCCCCAUGUUUUCCUCCAGUACACAAGCAUCCAUGAAACUUGUCCAUAUAGAUAUUUUAGGCAGCACUCUUAUGAAUCCUAAUUUGUGAGAACGACCCUACAAUCAAACAAAAGGGGCAGAGUAUGAGUCCAAGCUACUUGUUCUUUUUUUGUUUUUGUUUUUUAAAUAAGUGGCUCAGAAGAGUUGAAAUGUUCUGAAACUGUCUUGAGCAUGGUUUAAAUACUAGGUAUGACCUUUACAGUGUGCUCCAUCAAAAAUACUUAUUACUUGUGCUUUGAAAGCUCCUGAGUAAACAGUCAUGUAAAAAGGAGUUCACUGGGCAGAUUCCCCUUUAACAUAGAGAAAAAUAUCCUUUAUCAGAAAUUUAGGACACCGUUUUGCUAACUGGUAAAUACAAACAAAUGUAAAUAUGUAAGAAUGUUUAUUUGUUGCACAUAACUUUUUUGGUAUAAAAUAAAUGUAGAUGUUCCCUGUG